AUGCAAAUGAAGAGGAAAUGGAUUCAAAUUAUCAUGACCCUUUUGUUGAUUCAACUCAUUGUUGCUGAUAAUUCCUAUGGCGCUGAUGAGAAUGAAGAGAAUGAAAUGUUGAGUCUAGAGCUUGUGCAUAGGCAUGAUUCUAGAUUUGGUGGUGAUGCUGUAGAUCAAGUUCAAGCAAUGAAAGGUUUCAUUCAAAGAGAUUUGUUGAGAAGGCAGCAAAUGAAUCAAAGGAAGGGAAUCAAUCAAUAUCAUCAUAGAAGGAAAGACAUGGAAGUCAGAAAGGAAUUCCAAAUGCCAAUGCAUUCUGGUAGAGAUUAUGCUGUUGGUGAAUAUUUUGUUGAAGUUGAAGUUGGAACGCCAGGACAAAGCUUUUGGCUUGUGGCUGAUACAGGAACAAAGGAUGAUCCUAAUGAUCCUUGUAAUGGUAUUUUUUGUCCACAUCGUUCUCGUACAUUUCUAAAACUUCCUUGUUCAUCUAAAAUCUGCACACAAGAUCUAAGUGGAGUUUUCUCUCUUAGCUAUUGUCCUAACAAUUCUGAUCCAUGCCUUUUUGAUAUCAGCUAUGCUGAUGGAUCAUCUGCUACAGGAUUCUUUGGAAUUGACACAUUAUCAUUAAACCUAACAAAUGGAAGGAAAGGAAAACUUGAAAAUCUAACAAUUGGUUGCACAGAAUCAGUGCUUAAUGGUAUCACAUUCAAUGAAAACACAGGUGGAAUAUUAGGUUUAGGCUUUGCAAAAGGGUCAUUUGUUGAUAAAGCAAGUCUAAAAUAUAACACAAAAUUCUCCUAUUGUCUUGUUGACCAUUUGAGUCACAGAAAUGUUUCAAGCUACCUAACAUUUGGAAAUCCAAAAGUGAAGUUAUUGGCUGAGAAGAAAACAACAGAACUUUUUCUGUACCAACCAUUCUAUGGUGUGAAUGUGACCGGAAUAUCGAUAGGCCGCGAAAUGCUGAAUAUCCCGCCUAGUGUUUGGGAUUUCGAAGCUCAAGGCGGCAUGAUAAUUGAUUCGGGAACAACAUUAGCAGCCCUUGUUCUCGACGCGUAUGAACCUGUUGUUGAGGCAUUGACGAAGUCUUUGAGCCAUUUGAAAAAGGUUGAUAAAAGUUUAGCUGAUUUGGACUUUUGCUUUGAUAGUGAAGGCUUUGAAGCGAGUUCUGUGCCAAGUUUAGUGUUCCAUUUUGGUGGAGGAGUGACAUUUGCACCACCAGUGAGAAGUUAUAUCAUUGAUUUUGGACCAAAUGUCAAGUGUCUUGGAUUUGUGCCAAUAAAUGGAACAGGUGUUUCUGUUAUUGGGAACAUUAUGCAACAAAGUCACCUUUGGCAAAUUGAUGUGUACCAAAACACAGUUUCAUUUGCUCCUAGUAGAUGCAGCUAG